GAAGGGGAGCCCAUCGUGCUGAGGUGCCACAGCUGGAGAAACAGUUCUCUGAAUAAGGUCAUAUUCUUCCAGAAUGGAAAAUCCAAGACGUUUUCCCAUCUGCGUUCCAACUUCUGUAUCCCACAAGCAAACCUCAGUCACAGUGGCGAGUACCACUGCACGGGAUUUAUCGGGCAGACGGUGUACUCAUCACAGCCUGUGACCAUCACUGUCCAAGGGUCCAGCUGGAGCAACUCCUUGUCGGUGACGAUCGCGGUGGCUGUAGUCGCUUGGAUUGCUGCAAUGGCUAUUGCUGGCACCAUAGUAGCCUGGUUCUGCCUCAGGCGAAAGAUUUCAGCCCUCCCAGGAACCCUUGAACACAGGGAAAUGGGAGAGACCCUCCCUGAGGAGCCAGCCAAUCUCGCUGAUGCUGAAGAGGCUGCCAAAAUGGAGGCUGAGAAUACAGUCACCUAUUCACUUCUCUCGUAUCCGGAAGUUGCAGAGGAAGAAACAGAGUCGUCGGUUUACCAGAACAACAUUUAGUUUUCAUUUUCUUGCCUGGAACUUGGGGAAGAGAAUCAGAGAGGCCAAGAUCUGGUGUCUUCUGUCCUGAAUUCCUCUGAAGGAGGAGAAGAGGAUGCUGCAGUUCUAAAGGAGAAUGACUCUUCCAGAGUUAUCUAUGUGAACCCUAAAUCUCCCUGUUUUGAAAGCCACAGACGAUAUGGUCUCAGAUAACUGAAUGCUGAUUUCUUCUGUGCUUCAGCACUUCUCGCCAUCAGGACUCUUCUGUUAUAUACCCACAAAGCCAGUGAAAAUUACCUUUAUUAAGAGAUUGUAGAAACAUGGGAAAUGCUUAUGUUACAGGUUACAUGAGAAAAAUUAGAUAAGUAUGUAUGAUUUCAAAAAUGUUGAGAUAGACUAACAUAUGCCAAUAUAUUAAAAGUGAUUGUUUCAGGGUGGUGGAAUUAUUGGUGCUUUUCAUUUUCUCUGUUAAUUUUUCUGUACAGAUCAUAUAUUACUUUUAUAAUAAAAUACUACACUAACAACAUUACCUUUUAAACACUG